AUGUCUGACACCGGCCGCAAGCCCUUGACUGACCAGGCUCAAGAGAAGAUCACCCCCGACUCUCAGAAGUCCACCUUCGACCAGGCCAAAGAGUCUGCCACCGGCACCGCCGACGACAUUGCAGGAAUGGUCCAGCCAGGAGACAGCAAGUCCACCACCCAGAAGCUCUCCGAUGAGACCUCGGCCAAGUCCAGCUCUGCUCAAGACACUCUGUCCGGGGUUACAAAGAACGUUCAAGACACUGCCUCCUCUUUGGGCCAGCAGGCUAGCUCCACUGCGUCUGAUUUGAGCCAAAAGGCUAGCUCCAAUGCCGGCGCUGCACAGGAGUCAAGCAAGAGUUACUUGGAACAAGCUCAGGAGAUGACCGCCAGUGUUCUGAACAGUGCUAGCAAAGCUGCAUCAGAUCUUGCUAGCAGCAUUUCCGGCGAGAAGAAAUAG